UCUACUGUGUAACUGGAGUGUGUUUUAUUAAAGGCAGGCACUAAAGGAGUGAUGUGUUGGCUGCCCUUCGUGCUGUGCACAUUCCCAAAUAGUGAGCUCAGGACUUUGGAGUGUGCAGUUCUUUCCACAGAAAUUCAAAAGCCGUCAAAGCGCUUGCAUUUCUUCAAGUAAAAGAUGAGCCAUCUUAGGGUAACUUCAUUUAUUUGUCUCAGUGUUUUUUUGUUUGGCUGGGGAGAGACUGUGAUAAGUAAUGUCAAACCUUGUCCAUUUAAGGGCACAAGGAAUGUUGGAGCUGUGGAAGGACCACUCAAGGCAGAAGAGAAAAAUAAAUCUGCAGAUAUUUCAAAACAAAAAGAACAAUGCCUUGUACCAUGUGAUGUUCAAGCUAAAAUUUUACGAGGGGAAAAACAUUACAUGUGCAGAAAUUUGCAAAACUCUCUUGUUGAAUAUGCAAGAAGUACAAAAAAAAUGAUAAGAAACAUGAUGGAUGAUCAACAGUCUUCUUUGGAUUACCUUUCUAAUCAGGUGAAUGAACUCAUGAGCAGACUACUUCUUUUGAAUUCACAAGUUUUAAGAAAGCAUUUAGAUCCACUUCCUUACAAAGCAGUUCAAUCUCAUGGAUUGGAUUGCACUGAUAUUAAAGAUACUGUAGGUUCAGUUUCAAAAACUCCAAGUGGUCUGUACAUUAUCCAUCCAGAAGGAUCAAAUUAUCCUUUUGAGGUUUUGUGUGACAUGGAUUUUCAAGGAGGUGGAUGGACUGUGAUUCAGAAAAGAACAGAUGGAAUCAUUGAAUUUCAGAGAACAUGGUCUGAAUAUCUGGAUGGAUUUGGUGACCUAUCUGGGGAAUUUUGGCUUGGACUGAGGAAGAUUUUUCAUAUAGUAAAUCAAAAAACAACUAGUUUCAGUCUUCAUGUGGAUUUGGAAUCUGAAAACGACAAGCGUGCUUAUGCAUCAUAUGAUGGAUUUUGGAUAGAUGAUGAAGCAUGUUCUUUUAAAAUCCAUUUAGGGCGUUAUUCAGGAAAUGCUGGUGAUGCAUUCAGAGGAUACAGAAAAGAAGAUAAUCAGAAUUCAAUGCCUUUCAGCACAUUUGAUGUUGAUAAUGAUGGAUGCAGGCCAAUGUGCACUAUUAAAGAACAGCCUGUAAAAAGCUGCAGUAACUUCAGUGAUAAAACUGGAUGGUGGUUCAACCAGUGUGGCCUUGCAAAUCUUAAUGGUGUUCAUCGCUACACAGGUAGAUUUCUUGCGACUGGGAUUCACUGGGAUACAUGGACAAUGAACAAUAAACCAGUCAAAAUUAAAUCAGUUUCAAUGAAAAUUCGGAGAACCUAUAAUCCAUAUUUCAAUUAACCUAUGAAAUAGAAAGAUAUCUCCUGCCAUUAUGUGGGAUAAUGUAUCAGGGUAACAUAAAUGCCUAUCAUUUUCAGUUAAAUAGUUCACUCUUAAAACUUUAUUAGCUAUUUCCGUAACAUAGUUAUUCAUUUCCAUUAUGGAAUGUCAGUUUAGAUGUUUGUAGUUUCCCACUUGAGUGAGAAGGGCACAAGAAUAGAAUUUUGGAAUAAGGAUGAAGCUUAGAGUGUUUAUCAACUUUUAUUCAGCUGCUUCUUAGGCAGUCUCAGAGCCACUGGAAAAAGUGUAAGAAACGCAUCACUUGAUUUCAUACUACAAAAGGAGAGUAAUGUUGGCUUUUGAACAUAUUUUUUCUAUGCUAUCUGCACAUCUGAAUUGCCAAGAAAUUGCAGCAAUUUUUUUUAAAGUCAUAUACCUGCUGUUUCUGUCAUUAUAUUUUGGAAAAAUACCUUUUCUUCACCUUAGCUUAAUUUUCCAGAACAAGCACUUCUUUCUAUACUCCUUCUCAGACCAGAUACACUGACUUACGUUAGUACAUAUGUAAGGUUCUGUAUAUUCUCAGGACCUGAUUUUUAAACAACGUAUGUAUUUAUAUACAAAAACUAUGGUCUAUUUUGUACUUAGGUUUCACAAUCAACAUGUUUCAUAAUCAGUUUUUUGCUGUACCAUUAAGAUUUAUCUUUUACGCAGUUCACCAACAAUGAACACGUUUUCAAAGAAAAUGUGUAAACAUUUCAUAUAACCUUUGGAGUUUUAAUUUUUGGAACUAUGGGCCUGAUCUUGUGUCCUUCAUUCUGACUGGCAUUCACUUUGUGAAUGUUCAUGUAAUGAAUAAAAGACUGAAUUUGUACAAAUCCAUUUUAAAUUAAGUAGUGUGAAUUGUUUGAAUUUCUCUCAGUAAAACUGGGAUAAUAUCAACAGAAAUGUGAAUGUGCUCAGUACAGCAGUGUUUCUAGAACUGGUAUCCCUUCUGUAGGAGUUAUGCAUGGCUAUUUCUUUUCUCUGCUUCAGUUUCCGUAGAUCUGCUCUGUAGCAACGUGGAAUUAAAUGUGUUAAAAACUCUAUAGGUUUCUUCUUCAUCGUCUCACACUUUGUAUAAGCAUUAGGAUAGUGAGCAUAAAUCAUCAUUAGCUCAGAAUUACUACGUUUUAGAACUUCUUUCCAAAGAUACAUAAAACUACAGGAGGAAGGAUAGUAUGUAUACCCUCUUUGUCCCUCUCUCUCUCCAAGCAUAUUAAGAAUGCAAUCCCUUUCUAACAGCAACAUGGACCCAGCAGCCUGGUAAAGGUAGAUACUAAAAGGAAAGAGCUUCUGCAUUAGAGCAGAAAAAAAGCAUUAGAGCAGUAUGUGGCUCUUUAAAGACAAUUAACUCUGGCUGCGAGCCUGGAUGUGGUCACUGUGUCAGGGCUAUUAUGUCAGAAGGAGUCCCUUGCAGUGGAAAGUACAAGUGGCUAGAUUUGAUGGAAAUUUAGUGGUAGUGAUGAAAGCCUGAGUCCUUGAUGGUGGGACUGGUGCUCUGACAACCAGGUCCAAACCUGUGAGCAGAAAAAGAUGAGUCUCAGUAGGGAAUCUGGAUGUUGAGUUUAGAGCUAGAGACUACUGACACUCUGAGGGUCCUUCUGAGUUCAUUAGAAUCCCUGUUUAAAAAUGAAGGUGGUAAAUGAAAACUGUAGAUGUGUCCUGGCAGAUCUUACCAUGUUUAACAAUCAGAUUUAAUUUCUCCUUUGUCAACAUUAGUUAGAUUAGCUGGCAGUAACAAGUCCCAGAGGAGAAGGGCUUGAAAGCUUGAAGAAUUAUUCUUGCAAACAGACAUUGGAUCUUGAAUCCAAGUCAAAAGUGUAAACCUAUACAAGGAAUGAAUUCAAUUCUAGAUAUUAGUAUUUGGGGGCCAGGGGAAUGCUUAUUGUUCCUUAGAAGAUGAAAAUGCUUCCAAGACUAUUUGCAGAGACUCUUUUGAAUUGAAUAGAUAGGCUUUAAUACCAUUACGCACGGUUCUAUUAGCAAGGUCACAGGUAGACACUGUGUUCUCCAUGGCUUAGAGUUCCGUUGCUUUGUGCUAAAGCUAAAGCGAAUCCAUUUUGCCUCAAUCUGGACUUAUGUCUUAAUUGUGCUGUAAGAUUUGAAUCUACAAUAAAGUGCAAAUAGGAUGAAGUCCAAAUUGCAAAUGCUACUCGGUUUUUACUCUUUUAAAUCAUUCAGGUAUGAUUUUUUGAGAUGCUGUUUUUAAGAAAGAUGGACACUGCUCUAUUCCUUUGUGAGAUUAGAAACCAUGUGUGAAAAUAGAGAUUGUUAUUAAUUUCUCCUCUUGUAUUUGCCAUUUUAUCUACCUGUCAUUAUCACACUUAAUGCUCCUAUGACAUCUACAAGUAAUUAGAGAACAAUUUAUAGUAUUUAAUGGAUUUAAUUCUUUUCAUGGAGUCUAGCAAGUGAGAGAAUCUGAAUAAGGUUUCUAUAAGAAAUUCUUAAUCAUGGGAAUCUCAUAGUCUGUCACUGAGUAUGUUGAAGUGUGAGUAUUGAUAUAAUCUGUUUUUGUUUUAAAUUCGAGUGUAUGCAGAGAAAAGCAGAAUGCUACAAAUUCGCUGGCAGAUUGCCUGGUGCAAACAGCCAUUUUAAUUUGGAGACAGAUUUAAUCUGAAAUACAGCAAUGAAAAUAGGAUGUUUUCCAUGUGAUAGAUGGCUGCUGUCUUCAAAGGUUCAUUCCAUUUCCUCUCUUUGAAUAAGACAACUGUGAAACAAAUAAUGUUUUAGUUAAACAGAGAGAAUAUUUAAGGGCAUUAAACUGAUUCCAGGGGCUUGUGUUUAAUAUGUACAGCUGAUGGUUCCAAACCAUACAUAAGAUGUUUGUGAUCAUAUGUUUAGGUCUAAUAAUCUGGUAGUUGUUGCCCAUACAGACUUAUUUCAACUAAAUAAAAAGGAACAUGUAGGGUGUAACAUAUUUAGAGAAACUGACUGAAUGUUCCAAAUAAAAAGUAGCUUGCUUAAACUACACUUAAUAUCUAUUCCAGGAAUGAUAGCUCAGACUAUGAAAAAUUGUCUUUAAAGGACAUGUAAUCUCUAAUGUUAUGAAACAGCAUUUCUUUCUUUUGUUUUCUUUUUCCAAGAGCAUGUCUUCAAUUUGUAAAUCUCGGUUUGAUGAACUCAAAUGUUUUGACCCAAUUUAUGAUGCUACAGUAAUAUAAAUAAAUGACAACAUGGUUUCCAUGGCCUGAGUACUACUGACGUGGCAUUGCAGGGUUCAGUGUAUUAGACAUCUGGAAAUAACAAAACAGUACAACCAAAGGCAUUUUACUUUCCGCUUAGAAAGACCUUAAUUGGAUAGUUAAAGAUCCGCCAAACUACUCAGAUUACUUGCUUCUUUCUUUGACUAAAUUCUGAGAUUUAUUUAAAACUUUAUAAUCAACCAUGUUUCAUUAACAAGAAUAAACAUUUUCAUUUUA